CUGCCUGCAAUAAAUACGACGUCAUUUUCACUUGCAAUUAACUCCAUCAUAUUCCAGUUUCCCAAAAUUAUAAUAACAACGACGCACUUCCCGGGAUUGCUUCACUCACACACACUCCUCAUAAAUUCUCCUACCACCACCACCGCUACCACCUCCACUACCUUCCACCGCCGUGGUGGCCUACCGAAACCCUUUCCUUAACUCCUAAUCCAUCUCGAAACAAUUAUGCACCAUUUCUCCAUUUUCUAAUUAGAACUUUUUGAAUAUAAAAUACAUAUCGCUAUGAUUAGUUGAUCGAUUGAUCUAGAAGGAAGUUAAUUUUUUUGGAGAAUUUGUGCGGUUUUUGAAAUAGGAAAGUUAUGGAAGUAGAACAAUUGAAGCUUGAAAAUACUCCGGCGAUGACGUUUGAUGAAGUAUCAAUGGAGCGAAGCAAGAGUUUCGUUAAAGCCUUACAGGAACUCAAGAACUUGAGGCCGCAACUCUAUUCUGCUGCAGAAUAUUGUGAAAAGUCUUAUCUUCAAAACGAGCAGAAACAAAUGGUUCUUGAUAACCUGAAGGACUAUGCUGUAAGAGCUCUUGUCAAUGCUGUCGACCACCUAGGAACUGUUGCUUAUAAAUUAACUGACUUGGUUGAGCAACAAACACUGGAUGUCACAAGCAUGGAGCUAAAGGUCACUUGUCUUGAUCAGCGACUUCUCACAUGCAAAACGUACACCGAGAAAGAAGGCCUCAGGCAGCAACAGCUAUUAGCUAUCAUCCCAAGGCAUCACAAGCAUUAUAUUUUGCCAAAUUCCGCUGGCAAGAAGGUGCACUUCAGCCCUCAAGUUAAGGUGGAUUCGAGGCAACAUUCACAAGCAAGACCCCGCCUUUAUCCUUCAGGUACACCUGCUGCAAAAACUCUCUCUUGGCAUCUGGCAACAGAAACUAAAUCGACAUUGAAAGGGACUUCACGUACUUUUAUGAGUCCUGAGGAAGCAAAAGGUUCUGAAAAAAAAGCAUCUGCCGCAUUCAACUUAUUAGAUGAAGAGAGUACACGGAAAAAAUCAUAUGCAGCUCGUCCUCAGUCACCUAACGUUGGUCCUGCAUCAAGUCUAGCAAUGCAGACAUUGGGUGUCACACGGCAGGGCACCCUGGAGGGUAGCAAACCUCUAACACCAUACAGAUCAUUUGAUAAUCCAAGACGGGACAUUAUCCGUGCACAUAAUCGCAGCAGGAGUAUGCUCUCGGCUUUCUUUGUCAAGCAUAAGACACCGAAAUUGAAAACCAGUGCUGUCUCGUAAUCUACUCAAAAAUGAGAGCGAGCAAGUUCAGAGGUCCCAUCUAACUUUCCAUCUGUAAAACAGAAGUUGUACUAUGCCAUCACCUGGAGAACACCUACUUUUAAGAUCAUUCACAAACUUUCCACGAUUAUAGGCAAUUUGUUUCAUCAUCCAUUUCUUUCGUUUGAGAAUCAAUAAAGAGCAGUGUGUAUAUUUGUAAGGUAAAAGAGAUGUUAAUAUCUGUCUGCUUGUAGAACACAUUGUUGGAAAAAUAAUUCUCUAUAUCUGCAUUGUCCAGUA